ACCAACCUGGUAGAUGUACCAAAAAAGGGGUUGCUUCAUGUUGCUUCUUCCAGCAUCCUAGUAGCUCUACUGUCCUCAUCAAGUGUCCGUUGUUUUCUUACCUUCAUCUCCAAGCAUCACAAGAGAGUUACACUAGCUCUCUCCCAUCUCUCUUCAAGUCCAAAAUAUAAUCAAACACCACCCAAGUCUCCCAAAUCUCCACAUCUUUUCCUCCUCCAAAAGGAACAGUUUCCAGCAAAAAAAAUGAGGCCUAAAACCAGUCAAGCCCUCACCUCCAAGGUCCUCCUAUUGGGUGUUUUCAUUGCUUUUCUCUUUCUCUUUGUUCUAAGAUCAAGCAUAUCAUCUUCUAAAGAAAACCCAACUUCAGCUCCUGUCUUGCAAACUUUCGCUGUAAAAACCUCUAAUAAUGCCAUAGAAGAAGCAGAAGCAAAAUCAACAAACUGCUCGCCAUCAUGCAACAAGAUUCCGCGCCCUCUAGCACAAGCUCUCCUCCACUACACAACCUCAACCAUCACACCACAGCAAACACUCAAGGAAAUCUCAGUGACUGCCAAAGUCCUAGAGAAAAAAUCACCUUGCAACUUCCUUGUCUUUGGCCUAGGCCAUGACAGCUUCAUGUGGAGUGCACUCAACUAUGGUGGCAGGACAGUUUUCCUUGAGGAAGAUGAGGCCUGGAUAGAGCAAAUCAAACGCCGGUUUCCUACAUUAGAAUCCUACCAUGUUAAGUAUGAUAGCAAGGUGAAUCAAGCUGAAAAUCUAAUGGAUGUAGGAAAAGGACCAGAGUGCACAGCAAUAGGUGAUCCCAAGUACUCAAUGUGUGAGCUUGCAUUGAAAAGCUUACCUAAUGAGAUCUAUGAGACCAAAUGGGACUUGAUCAUGGUGGAUGCCCCUACUGGAUACUAUGAGGAGGCCCCAGGGAGGAUGACUGCAAUAUACACGGCGGGAAUGAUGGCCAGGAACAGGGAGGAAGGAGAGACUGAUGUGUUUGUGCAUGAUGUGAACAGAGUGGUGGAAGAUAAAUUCUCCAGUGCUUUUCUUUGUCAAGGGUACAUGAAAAAGCAAGUAGGAAGGCUGAGGCGCUUCACCAUCCCUAGUCACAGGGAUGGCCUGGACAAGCCUUUCUGCCCUGAGUGACUUCAAUAUUCCUCCAUUUUUGCAGGGGGAUUUGAUUUGAUUUCCCUUUGCAAUUCUUUGUCAUGAACCAUUGCUGUCUCAAGUUGUUCCCAACAGUCGCUGGAUCUUUUUCUCACAGAAAUUGAUAUAUGUAGAAAACUGCAGAAUACAAUAAUUAAGAAUCAUAUGUUAGACUAGAUAUUUUUCUCCUCAAUUUCCCUUUUUUGUGUUCUUAUUAAUGAAAUAAUUCAUCAUAC